CUGUCAUGGCCAUCAUGGGAAGUGUUUACCACAGGAUUUUGUGAUAAUUUGGCCUAUGAAUAAUAUGAAAUGGCGGCAGUUUUUCUUGUCACUUUGUAUGAGUACUCCCCAUUGUUUUACAUUAGUGUGGUUUCUUUGUGUUUCGUUGUUACCGCCGCUAUGGUGCUGGGCUGGUUUGGCUUUGAUGUCCCAGUGAUCCUUCGCAGCUCUGAUGAGACAGAGUCUCUCUUGCCAACCCCUGAGAAGAAAAUGGUUCAGAUGACCAAUCCCUUCAUCCUGGAGAUGGGCUCUGGGCCGGCAUCUGUCGCUGACGGUGUGUCCUUGAUGCCCUGCUGUCUUGAGCCCUGUGUCCUGAGCUGUUUCUGGGGCUGCGAGGUCAGCGCCUUGCAGGCUGUGCUGCAGGCCCACCAGCACCACGCGCGGCUCAGUACACCCCAUUGUUUGCAGGAGGCCAUGCAGCUCCGCUACCACCACUGCCACAGCUUCCACCUCGGCAGUGAGGACAGAGAGGAACACCGCACACAGAUUCCUGCUGACCAGGGGAUCACAGACUUUGGGCCGUUGCCAAGGGAACGCUACCCUCUUGUGGCUGUGUUGACACUGGCAGAGCCAGAAGCAAGAAACACUUACAACAUCGUGGCCAGUAUAACAGUUAUUCAUGUUCCUGAUGACAAAUACAGCCUUUCUGCACGGGUUCUCUUUCAGUACCUUCUCACCUCCCAAGGGAACAUGUUUGAGUUAAAGCCUCUCUUCAUGUCAGCUGAUAGUGGGGGGGUAUCUGAGCAGAGGGCCCAACCAAGUGAACCCAACGAGGCCAGUAGAGUGGAGCUGAGUCCAGUGGCGGAGGAGGCGUGCCAGUCAGAGGGGCGGGGCAAAGACUGUGUGGUGUGUCAGAAUGCAGCAGUGAACAAGGUGUUGCUGCCCUGCAGACACGCCUGUGUGUGUGACAGCUGUGUGUCACACUUCCAGCACUGCCCCAUGUGCAGGGCCUUCGUCCAGGAGUCCUUCACCCUGACACAGGGACCAGCUGCAGAACAAUGAUUCCAUACUGAACCGCUCAAUGGGAAUUAAGAGAACAUAUGCAGCAAGAUGGGCAUCAUUGCAAAGUCAUUCCUGCAACUCCCUCACACCUUACUUGGUAACAGUUCAGGACCAGUCUAAACAUUUCCAAGGCACUGAUUUAUGUACAGCAAUAAGAACAGCGACAUCUCAAACUUAAUGUUCUAUUAAAUAAUAUAGUAUAUAGUAUUACCAUAGUCACAAAAAACUAUAUUUAGUUUCACUUUAUUUGGAGUACUAAAGCAAAGAAAAUCCUUAAAGUGAAGCAUUAACGUUUUUGACUAAAUUACACAAAAUGCAGUAAAGUCCAAGGGGUUCAUUGUUUUCUGGCUCUGAAUACAGUGUGUACUUCAUACUAAAUGAUCCAAGGAAUGCUGUGUUGGACAUCAGUGAAACAGUGACUUAAGAAUGCUCUCAGAUAAUUCUUUUUUUUCAAACAUAUUUCAGGAGCUUUGACACAAUGUAUGUUACAUUUGUUGCCUUCUGUGCCCUAUUUAUUGGACAAUGUUGAACAUCAGCGCACUCAGAAAGUGUUUUUAGUCUGCAUAUUAACUACUUAGAAUUAGUAGUGUGGAUUUGGGAUACAGCGAUGUAGUGAUCUUAUUUUCUUUUAACCACAUCUCUGCACCUUUCAUUAUUAGUUUAAUUUAAAAUACCAUAAGCAUGUAUAAUUUGUUUACAGCAUGAAUGUGACUGGUGUCAUUAGAACAGCAGAUAGUGUAUAAAAUGAUAUUUGAGCACUGUCCAUGUACAACUUAUGUAUAGACAGGCCACUGCUGAUGUUUGAAUGUGUGUUUCUAUGGUUACAGUACAUUCUCAGAAACUCAGUUGAACUGUGAAGGUGGAAGCUUGUAAACAUGAAAUAUAAUUGAUGACUGGUGGAUAGGUGUAUUAUAAACCAGAUAAUGUCCACAGGCUGUUAUCAACUCCUGCCACAGAGUUAUCCGCUUUGUUGUGACCAAAGGCAGAAAGCUGCAUUAUUUUAACUCACUGGAACCUCCGUAAAAUUAGUCACAUCAUCAUGGAUGUAGAAAACAAGUGUACAGAUUAUUCAUGUGACCAGAUCCAGUGCAGUGCUUCUUGACCACAGCCAAUCAUUUCUGAAGAUUUAACCGGACUAAAUGAAGGAGACUUAUGAACUGUGUGGAAUAUUCAAAGUUAAAGAUUAUUUUGACAUGAAUGCGUUACUGUUUUUAUUAUCGAGGAACCAUCACACAGAAGAUCCCGGUGUCUUUUUGAAUGAGCAUAGAUAUGUUGUGUAUUUCAAAGCUUUUAUGUUAAUUGGGCAGUCUGUUUAGGAUAAAAUUUGGUUUGAAUAAUUAUGAUCCAUUUGAUUUCAAUGACCCCAUGAUGACCUUUCCUUAGUGCCACCAUUCAAAUGUUACAUUAGAUACAUUUCAGCUUAUAGAAAAAUCUUGUAAUAUAGAAUUGAUUUUGUCAGUAAUUCUACCUUUGAUAUUUGUAAGGUGUACAUAUGUUAUUUUAUAUUUCAUAUUCAAUACGAGGUUACAGUAUACACGGUAACGAUGCAGCGAUAAAAGCCCAUCACUGGGGGGAACAAGCCUGACAGUAAAUAUCAGAGUCGAACUGUCAGCCAUCAUUUAAAUGUAGUUUUUUGGUGCUUUGAGCAUCACAAGCUGAGUGCCAUCUGGUCCCAUGACAUUGGAGAGAAAGCAGACAUCUCUACAGCCGAUAUCUCAACACUCGGCAACUCACACCAAAACUAACUAGACUACAGGUAAGAGGGCAAAUAUGUAUUAGUUGUUGGCGUUAAUUGCC